AUGCCUUCAACUGCAAAGACUCUAUAUUUCUUGUCCAGUGCUUUGGCCUCUGCCAUAUCUGUUAUUGUACUAGGGAUCAGCAUGUCACAAAACUGGGCUGAGACAACCAUGGAGUGCGCACGACAAGGAGAGGAACUAUUCAACGGAACAGCUGUCCUUACUUUGAAUCUUUUCGAUGGAAUAAUUGACAGGGUUUCUUGUGGGAACUUUUUAGGUCAUGAUGAAUUUGAAGUUAUUCCUCAGCUCACAGAUGUAGGAACUACCCAGGUUGUUCUGCACGUUCUCGUCUUGCUCUUUUUGGCCUUGUGUUUGCUGUUUUCAGCAGUCAACAUUCUCAUCAGUCUUUACAACAGUGUCAGCAACCCCUACGAGACCUACAUGGGUCCUAUUGGAGUCUACGUCUGCGGUUCACUAAGCACAAUCCUGUCUGUGCUAGUGCUGAUCAUAUAUGUGGUGAACGUUAUGGCCACCAACAUGGCAGAGGGUUUGGUGGAGAAUCUUAAUGGCAGUUCUCCUGCUCACCUAAGGAACAUAACUUCAUGGAUGGGGCUAGGAUACUACCUGGUCAUCUUAUAUGCCCUACUAAGUAUGGCUGCCAUUGGAGUGAUAUACAUGUAUAACAAUACCACCUAUAAACAUAAAAGAGAGCAGCAGAGACCGACUGAAGACGCACCGAAGGAGAUAAUGAUGUAUUAAUGACUGGAGGCUGCUGCUGUGUGAAACAAGGGAAGCUCAGUUAUUUUGUGUAAAUCUUCUCUGUUCUUCUCGCCAGCACAACUUCCAAAACCUGCAGACUACUCCCAGAAAAUUCAAUUUCUAAAUUCCUGAAGUUCCUCAUUGUCAUUUAUUUAAAAAAAAAAUCAACAUAUCUGAAAAAUAUUAACAUGUCUGAAAAACAGAGCGUUAUGUAAUCUCAUGAAUAAGUACAGCACAGUGACGUGUACUGAUACAUCGCUUCGUACAACAACACUGUCUUUCGUUUAGACUCCAGACUUGGACACAGCUGACGUAGCCAAAAUUGUGUCCAUUUGUAUACCUCCAAUGCUCUUGUAAGAUCCUAGGAAUUCUCUGGUGUAGGGCAAGGGGGAGUUUAUUAAAUAAUUGUACAUGUCAGGGUACUGUAGGUCUGAUAAUCUGUCCACUUUGCCCGCUUCAGUAUUCAUAAAAACCACAGCUGGGACAUGGCAGGUAAUAUUUAGCCUAUCGUAUUUAGUUUAGUAUACCCACAGGUUUAAAAUGUUAAAAUAACUCAGGCUGCCUAAAAACUACACCAGUGCAAUAAUGUUGUGCCAGCUUUUACCGUAAAUAAUAUAUAUAUAUAUAUAUAUAUAUAUAUAUUUAAGUUGAGCUUCCCUUGCUGUUCUAGAGCAAUCCCCACUGUUUUAUCACUGUGUUGUUCUUUCUGAUGAAAGAACAACACAGUUUGGAGUAACUUACUGUCCAGUCUUUGUAAAUUCGAUGGAUUUUGAAUUUAGAAAUAACAUAUAACAUUACAUAUAACAAAUUAAAACCUGCUUUAUUUUUGUUUAUAAAAAACACCAUUGUAAGUGUGAUGUCAUGUUUAUGUCAUGUCAUGCCAUUUUAUAUACAGUUAUUAUUGUAUGCUGUAUUUUGUUCUUCAUGAACACUCCAGGUUUUGGUAUACUAUUUGAUUUUUUUUUUAAUUAAAGUGAUAUUUUAUUUUAUCGAUAGCCACACACCAACGUUAUACAGCGGCUCGAAAAUAAAGUUGUACAACUUCUGAACGCA